AUGUGUUCAAGAAGUGUAACAUUUAUUUCGAAAAAAUAUUUAUUAGUCAAUCGAUUUGGAUUUUCUAAUAUACACGCUCGGUGUUUCAGUGACGGAGAUAGUAAACCCAAACAAACUCCCUUGUAUAAUUUGCACCAAAAGUAUGGCGGCAAAGUGGUUGAUUUUGCAGGGUUCCUCUUACCAGUACAAUAUUCAGACUUGAGUGUGUCCGCAUCACAUUUGUUUACAAGAAAAAGUGCUUCUAUAUUUGAUGUUUCCCAUAUGUUACAAACUAAUGUGUACGGAAAGGAUUGCGUAUCUUGGUUUGAAUCAAUAUGCCCAGUCGACUUAAAAGGAAUGGCACAUGGAACCAGCUCGUUGACUGUGUUCCUAAAUAAAGAUGGCGGAAUUAUAGAUGAUCUUAUAGUAACAAAAGUCAAAGAAGACCAACUCUACAUUGUUUCAAAUGCUGGUCGUUUAGAAGUGGACACACAACAUAUGCUUGAAACUUCGGAAUUGUAUCGUAAGAAAGGCAAAGAUGUAAAAGUUAGUAUGUGGGAUGUGACACAAAGAGCUUUAAUAGCUGUGCAGGGGCCGAAAGCAGCGGCUGCUGUGCAAGCUAUUACGAAUUUACAAUUAGAGGAACUAACAUUUAUGACAUCCCGAAUUGGUUCGGUUGCGGGGGUUGAAUGUAGAGUAACUCGCUGUGGUUAUACCGGUGAAGACGGUGUAGAGAUUUCUAUUCCAGCAGAUAAAGCCGUUCAAGUAACCGAGGCUUUACUGGAGUCUACAGAUGUGAAACUCGCUGGGCUGGGAGCAAGAGAUUCCCUCCGCUUAGAGGCCGGAUUAUGUUUAUAUGGAAACGACAUCGACGAAACUGUUACUCCUGUUGAAGCUGCCUUGACUUGGUUAAUAUCUAAGAACCGUCGUCAAAGCGCUGAUUUUCCAGGAGCUGAUAUUAUAUUACGUCAAAUUAAAGAUGGCGUAAGCAAAAGGAGGGUCGGUAUAAGAAUGAUGGGGGGAGCACCGGCUCGUAAAGACGCGCUAUUGAAAGAUGUGACCGGAAAUGUCAUUGGCAAAGUGACAAGCGGCUGUCCGAGUCCCUCGCUUGGCGGGAACGUAGCAAUGGGAUAUGUUAAGGAAGAAUUGAAAAAAGUCGGAAACGAAUUACUUGUAAACAUCCGGGGAAAGGAUGUAGCUUGUAAUGUCGCGAAAAUGCCUUUUGUCCCCUCAAAAUAUUACAUAAAGAAAUAA